GCUUGCUUUCUUGGUUCAUCUCAUGAUGCACUUAUAUGAUUUUUUUUUUCAUUUAAUAUUACAUGAUGAUUUGUGUUUAAAUAGCAGAAGAAGAGCAGUAGAUUGUCGAGAUUAAAUCGGGAGUCAAAGAUGCUGAAGGAUCGGUCCUAAUUGAAAGGGAAAAAAAAAUUGAACUUUUCUUUUAAUUGCAUUGAUCACGAUGGCCAACGCAGACAAUAGCUGGGUGGUGGACAUCGAAAGCAGCGUCGGCACCUCAUGGAAGCUCGACCAACUUUGGACGAAACACUCAAUCUACAUGGUUCCCGCCCUCAUAAAAGACCUCAACCCCAAGGCCUACAAGCCUCAGAUCAUCUCCUUCGGCCCCUACCAUUAUGGCGACGAGAAGCUGCAGCCCAAGCCGAUGGAGUUCCACAAGCGCCGGGCCCUCGUCCACUUCCUCGAGAGAGCUCAGAAGCCCUUGCGAGGCUUCAUGAGCGCGCUCGAGGGGGUCGCGGGUGAGCUUAUGGACUCUUAUCAGGGUCUCGAUGGGAGGUGGAGGGAGGAGAGGGGGCGCCGGGAGUUCUUGAGGCUGAUGCUUUUCGAUGGGUGUUUUAUGCUGGCAGUUUUGAGGUUUUCGAAGGGUUAUCUGAGCGGUUAUACUGGUGGUUAUGCGUCUACUGAUCCCAUAUUUAGUGAUCAUGGGAUGUCGAAUGUCAUGCGGCGUAUAAUGAUGGAUAUGGUGAGGAUUGAGAAUCAAUUGCCGUUGUUUGUUCUGAAGAAGUUGGUUGCUACGGAGACUAGCGGAGCUCCGGAUGAUGAUGAUGAUGUGAUCAACCAGCUAGUCCACGAUUUCAUUGGGUUUACCACCGAUAAUCCCCUUAACUUCUAGGACGGGGUCCUGACCAUGCCCGCCAUCACCGUCGACGACGCCACAGAAUGCCAGUUCCUCAAUCUCAUGGCCUUCGAACGCCUCCACGUGGACGCCGGGAACACAAUAACGUCCUACGUCUACUUCAUGGACGUCAUGGUCUCCGCCAAGGACGUCGCAGUUUUGGUGUCUGAGGGGAUUAUACAUAACGCCGUCGGGACCGGCAAGGCGGUGGCGGAGCUGUUCAACAGCCUGGGCAGGUAUGUGUCGCUGGACUCCGGGAGCGGUCUCUACGACGUGCUUCGGAGUGUGGAUGAGUACUGCACGAGGGGUUAGAAUAAGUGGCGGGCCAAAAUGAUUCAUUUUUAUUUUAAAAGCCCGCUAGCUAACUCGGUGGCUGCUUUCGUGUUCUUGA